UUAAUUCGGUAAGAGGUGGCCCCUUUGGCCAAUCCCUUUGCCCAACACGUUUCAAUGGAGCUACUUUCUCCUUCCGCUCUCUCUCCUCUUCUCCCUCCCCCUCCUCCGCCAUGUUCUUCUUCUCUGCAACAUCACAGCCGAAUCUCUUUCUCUCCUUCAAGAAUCGGAGCUUCUUCGUCUUCGUCGACUUCUCAAGAGAUUCAACAUACUCAUACAUCAAAUCCGAAAGUCGUCGUCACCAGAGAACGAGGCAAAAACUUCAAGCUCAUGGACGCUCUGUUUGCGAUGAUUUUCCCUUUUUCAAAUUGUGAACUUCGGCAAAUUUAUGGAUCAAAUGGCACUUUUUUUGCUGUGGCCGAACUUGGGAUCAAUUGCUUGGAGUUUCCUCUUAUUCAGCAUGCACAAGGGCCUGACUUUGAUAGGCUUGCUUCUGUUUUAAGUGCAGAAACGGCGUUUGACUGGAUCAUCAUAACUUCACCUGAAGCCGGUUCGGUCUUUCUAGAGGCAUGGAAGGCAGCUGGAACCCCAAGUGUGAGGGUAGGUGUUGUUGGAGCUGGUACAGCUAGUAUUUUUGACAAUUUAAUACAAUCAUCAAAGCACUCGCUUAAUGUUGCCUUUGCACCAUCAAAAGCAACAGGAAAAGUUUUGGCUUCUGAGCUUCCAAAGGAUGGGAAUAGAAGGUGCACCGUCUUAUAUCCUGCUUCGGUGAAAGCUAGUAAUGAGAUUGAAGAAGGCCUGUCUAGUCGUGGAUUUCAGGUUAUGAGGCUGAACACAUACACAACUGUAGUUGUUGAUCAUGUUGACCAAAUUGUCUUGGAGAAGGCCCUAUCUGUCCCGGUCGUUGCUGUUGCUUCACCUUCUGCAGUUCAAGCCUGGGUCAAUCUUAUUUCAAAACCUGAUUCUUGGAGCAAUUCUGUUGCCUGCAUUGGGGAGACAACCGCCUCAGCUGCAAAAAGAUUGGGAUUGAGAAAUGUUUAUUUUCCAGCGCAGCCUGGACUUGAUGGCUGGGUUGGUAGCAUCCUUGAAGCCUUAAGAGCUCAUGACAGUUUUUAGGAAUGAAAGAUACUAAGGUUCCUUUGGAAGCCUGGAAGCAGAAUGAAGCAGAUUUUGAACCAUAAGCCUCACAAAUUCCAUGUGAGCUGCAGACAACAGAGAGAAAAAAAGUUUGGCCAAGCUAAAGGAUGGGCAUUUGUUGAAAAUUCAGAGAUUUGAAGGUACAUGUCCUAUCGGCAGCAAUGUAAUUUAAGGUUAGUGAGAGGCUAUUCAUUUCAACAUAAUUGAAACUUGUACAGCAUUUUCUCACCGUAAGCCCAUUCAUUUGACUCAAUGUCAGUUGUGUUGAAAUUGAAUUGGUGGAACUGCCACUCCAUAAAAUCUGUAAGCGGUAGGAGACUUUGUUAAUUGUAGUUGUAAUCAUAGUCGCUGUCCUUUUAUGUUGUUGUAUGACAUUUUUUAUAUAUUUUAAGUUGACAAUAAAAAUCAAUUUAAUUUAAGAAACUUGUGCUAGAA